AUGGCUGACGAACCUGAGCCGCGAAGGUCGGUCCGCGCGACAAAAGGCCAGCAUACGAAGAUGGACUUGCUCGACCAGCCGGCUGAAGCAAAAAAGAGAGGCACCAAGAAGGGUGGCAAGAAACAAGCGGCGCAAGAAGAGGCCGAAGUCGAGGUCAUCCGUUGCGUCUGCGGCGCUGUGGAGACCUCCCCCGACGACGACGAGCCCUGGAUCGCCUGCGACAACUGCGGAGUCUGGCAACACAACAUCUGCGUUGGUGUCAGCACGUAUGACGACGAGCUGCCCGAGAAUUACUUGUGCGAGCAAUGCGACCCCGUCUUCCAUAAGCCUUUGCUUGACGCCAUGAGUCGCGGAGAGAAGCCAUGGGAGGAAAAUAGAAAGGCGUUCGAGCAGAGGCAGCAGGAAGAACAAGAGGUAUCCAAGAGAAAGGGUAAGAAGGGGAAGGGGAAGAGACUGAGCGAUCCAAAAUCAGAGGCUGGUCAGGCCACCAAUGGCAAAGCCAAGUCCCCGUCUACUCCUGUACCUGAGACCAAGAAAGAGAAGAAGGAACCAGCUAAGAGCGGAGGCUCGAAGAGAAAGAGCACACAUGAGUCUCACGAUAGUGAGUCUUCGAAGGAGCCGCAGCCCAAGGUCCGCAAAGUAUCACAUCCUCCCCCUAAAUCGCCCCCGUCAGACCUUGCAGCAAAGAUUGUAGACCUCGACAGCGAUCGUCAGGGAGCUGCAAAACUCAUCUACAAAAGCCUGGUCGCUACUAUUCCUGAGGCAGUCAAGACGAAGGUCUACGCCUUCAGUGCUGGGGACACUCUCGAAAGCAAAGCCGAGCGUCUGGCCAUCCAGGUCGAGGAUGCGCUCUACAAAACCCACCCCGAUAAAACAGCAUAUGGCAAACAGGCCCGUGCCUUGUUCAGCAACAUCAAGCACAACCAAGAGCUCUGCAAUGGCCUGCUUACCAAGACCCUAGCGCCGUCUCACCUGGCUGUCAUGACUACAGAUGAUAUGGCAAGCAAGGAGCUGAAGCGAGAGACGGCUGAGAUGAAGGCACGCUCGGAUAAACAGUCCAUCAUGGUGACUGAAGAUGGACCGAGAGUGCGAAGAACCCACAAAGGGGAUGAGGUUAUUGAAGGGGACAAUUUCACUGUGCCGAGUGAUACCACCACCUCUUUGGCAACACGCCGACGAUUUUCCUUGGAUCCUAAUGAUGAGAUGACCUCGCGAUCGCGGGACCACUCACCCGCUGGCCAUGAAGUCGAACUACCUGGUGACAUUGAGAACUACCAAUCACGAGAUAAUAUCAGAGGACAGGCAGUGCCAAAACAACCACUCGAUAUCGACACCAAGAAACAGCCUAGAAAGCCAUCCUCUCAUGGAGAUUUUGAUAUCAACAAAGUCUUCUCGAGCGUUCAAUCUCCAACCGGUCCCUCUAAUUCCCAUGCCCGACGACCAUCUGGCAAUGCUCCACCAGUCAACGGACCCGGCGUAGAUCCUGAAAUCGACAAAAUGCUUGCAGAUGACGAUGGUAAUGAAUCUCCACCAUACUCCCCGGCCGAGCACGACUCCGACCCGAGCAUUGUCUGGCGUGGAAUGGUCACGAUGGAUUCUAUUGCCAAGUUCCCAGCAACUGCAAAGCAUGUCGCCGGUGCAGAUUUGAGCCGCAGUGCCACUCCGAUGCCAUGGAGCGAUAUUCUACAGAAGGAUCUCCGCGUUGCCGGCCGGAUUGACCAAGAGAAGGCCAACGAGUAUCUCUGCAGCCUCCGCUAUAGCCCUCCUACUGAUGUUGUCGUUGUCAACGUCACACCCGCUGGCGAAGCAGCUUUGCAAGGUUUCCGGGACAUGUUUGAUUACUUUCACAGCAAGAAUCGGUACGGGGUCCUUACCAACAAAGGCGUUGGCAACAUCCGUGACACCUAUCUUGUCCCGGUUGCGCCUAGCCCUGCUCCCCUACCUGAUUUCCUCAUCAACUUGGAAGGCCACAGGGUUUCCGAGAACCGAUCAGAGCCAAUUAUUCUCGUUGCACUUGUCAUCCGGAACGAGUGGCAACCCGGACAACAGCGAACUUUCGAUGGCUCAUCUGAGUCACGGUCUCCUUCACUGCAAUCCUACCCCCAGCGCCAAAUGUCCAUAUCAGGAUCCGGCCCUCAGAUGUCCCCCAUUGCCCCACAAAACCCCACAUUUGCCGCGGGACCUCCAUCACAGUCACCCCACCCACCCCCACAACUCUCACCAGAAGACCUGCAAAGACGUCAACAGCAGGAGUUAGAUCAACGACACGGAGAGGAAACAGCCGCUAAGAUCCUGGGAGCAUUUGUAAAUGCACCUACGGUUGGCUUUUUGAUGCCGCAAGCGUUCCAGAUGAGACCGUCAGAGUGGGAGGUCAUCCGUGAUAUUUUGGAGGUUGACGAGCGGGCGAGAAAUGACCUCCAGCAUCUUAGCCAGGUCCUGGAAAUCAGGAUGGCUCAGCAGCUGCCGGGACCCUCGGCCCCUGGUGGUCCUUAA